AUGGAGGAAGCUUCUUCUUCACAGCUGAUCGAGAAAAUUGACCCGGAUCCACCACGACCCCCAAAACCGAAAACCGUCUACUUUGCCUCAGAAGGCGACACGCACCUUUUCCUCUCCUCCCCCAACAGCCUAGACAAUGAGCCCCGCAUCGUCAUCUUCGUCGUCUCGAGCCACGCCAUGGCGCCCGUCUGCGACGCAUGGGCACACAUGGUCAUGCGCCACGUCGACCGCUGCAAGCUGGAAGCUGAGACGGUCGAGAACGUCGGCAGCGCCGCCGAUGGAGCAGUCGCGUUCGUACCCCUGCCGAACGACGACCCAGACGGCCUGGAGGUCCUGCUGAACAUCGCGCACCUGCGCUUCGACCGCGUGCCCGAGAAGCUGAAGUUCAAGCGGCUGCUGGCGGUGGCGGUGCUGAUGGAGAAGUACGGCGUCACGCAGAUGGUGAGGCCCUGGUGGCAGAGGUGGCUGGCUGCGGUCAAGGACAAGGCGAACGUUCCGGGGUAUGAGGAGCUGCUUUACAUCGCGUGGGCGUUCGGGGAGGAGAAGAUGUUGAAGAGCGGGGUGGAUCAUUUGAUCCGCUCUGUAAGGUUGGAUGAAGAGGAGAGAUUAGUGACGCCUAAAGGGGUCAUACUGGACUUUUCCAAUGAGAACAAGCACUUCCCACCGUACAUCGAAGAAGUUGUUCGUAAAGGGCGGUCGGCGGCUGUAGAUCUUUUGCUGAAAAGAUGCUAUAAGCUGGUGGACAAAUUCUUUGAAUCACGUGCGAAAGGAGGAUACUGCUGUCAGGACACGUCCGAUGAGGAGGAACGUGACGAUGAGCACUGUGAUAGUAUAAUCUUGGGAUCUUUACUCUUGUCCUUGCAGGAUUUCGAGCUGGGGCCCGAACGCAAGACUUGCAAGAAUAUCAGCUGGAGCGUCGACAAACUUAUCGCUACACUGCAGACAUUGGAAGUCGUGACAAUUCAUGGGCAAACUUGCGACGGGGGUUGCGACAGUUUCCGCAAGUUCGUUGACAAGUUCAGUAAGGCCGGGUACAAACGGAUGGCCCCAGACUCAGACUCGCCCUGGAAGGCUCAUAUGGAUCGGAAGAAGAUUGAGCUGACGGGAAGACUGGAGCUACCCAAUGAGAUCUCUCUUGAAAAUGGGUUGAAGAGGAAGAGGGAGUCCGAAGGGUGA